AUGAAGUUGUGGACAAAAUAUCUAAAUCCUCCACAUGCUAGAAAGGAUGUAACAGAACGGGAAAUUGCGACUGUGACAACUCGUUCAUGGAAGAAGCCAGGACUGUCGGUCAGCUCCGGAACCAUAUAUAGGCUGGCAAAUCUACUUGGUUGUUGCUUUGAAGGUGAUGAGAGGUGGGUUCCUCUUCAGAAUGACUCUGAGGUCCCAUCUCAUGUAUUGAUGGGUGUACCCCAUGGUGCUGAAUCUUUCCAUCUGUCGCCACUUGGUGAAGCUUGUCCAAGAAUGGAUUUGACCGCCAUACAUGAGAUCUUGGAAAAGAUUGGGUAUAAGAAUGAUGAAGGUGCUGCAACUGAGCUCUCAUUCCAGAUGUGGACCAACCAGAUGCAGGAAACAUUGAACUCAAAAAAGAAGGGCGAUGUUGCUUUUCAGCAUAAAGAUCUCAGAGCUGCAAUUGAAUGCUACACCCAGUUCAUUGAAGUUGGAACCAUGCUUUCCCCAACGGUUUUUGCACGCCGUAGUCUAUGCUAUCUCACGAGUGAUAUGCCACAGGAAGCUCUUAAUGAUGCAAUGCGAGCCCAAGUAAUAUCUCCCGUCUGGCAUUUUGCAUCUUAUUUACAAGCUACUGCUCUUUUGGCGUUGGAAAGGGAGAAUGAAGCACAAGUAGCGCUCAAAGAGGGUUCUAUCCUUGAAACUAAAAAGAAUGCAACUGCUUCACGUAUUGGCAGCCACACGAUAUUCGGCUUCAGAACUUGA